GCCCCGCCCCCUGGGACCACCUCCCCUCCCCCCUGCUCUCCACCGGCCGCGAUCUGGCCGGCGGCCGUUAGUUAGGCUUCCCGAGGCCGGUCCUUCAGGCCCCUUUCUCUUGGGCCGGGGAGAGGCCGUCUCCCUGCCAUUACCACGGGCCCCGUCUCAGCGCCCAGCCCUACUUGUGGGGAAAAGGCCGGUUGGGAUUUCGGGGCUUUCCCGCCCGGGCAGGGUCUUCUCUCAAGGGAAAGCUGUUUUCACCGGGAAGCUCAGCUUUCUGUUACACCUGCUUCACCUCCCGCCUUCCUUGAGACCUGAAUGGUAUUUCUCGACUACUUCUGCGUCUCACGUAAACAUUUCUCCAACUCUUUUACUCUGUGGUAUCUCCCUGAGCUGUGAAAACGCUAGUGCCACCACCAGAGAGAAACGGCUGGACCCUUCUGCCCAGGACUUUGUAUCUUUGCUAAAGUCAGUGAUGUGAAAGGACCUGACAUGGAUGAUAUUGCUGAUAGGAUGAGGAUGGAUGCUGGAGAAGUAACUUUAGUGAACCACAACUCCAUAUUCAAAACCCAUCUCCUGGCACAAACAGGUUUUCCAGAGGACCAGCUCUCAUUUUCUGACCAUCAGAUUUUACCUUCCAGGGAAGGAAAUUUGGACCGAUCUUAUACAUGUUCUACAAGAAGUGCAGCUUAUAAUCCAAAUUAUUAUUCAGGAUUCUUUGUCAGCAAGAUGAGAUCUCGUCCCCUAAAAAGACACAACCCUUCCUCAGACAGUUUUCUUGGCUCAGGAGAUUUAAGAACCUUUGGCCAGAGUGCAAAUGGCCAGUGGAGAAAUUCCACUCCAGCAUCAGGUUCAACUUUACAAAAAUCAAGAAACAGCCGAAGUCUUUACCUCGAAACCCGAAAGACCUCAAGUGGAUUAUCAAACACUUUUACGGGAAAGUCAAACCAUCACUGCCAUGUGUCUGCAUAUGAAAAAUCUUUUCCUAUUAAGCCUGUUCCAAGUCCGUCUUGGAGUGGUUCAUGUCGUCGAAACCUUUUGAGCCCCAAGAAAACUCAGAGGCGACAUGUUAGUACAGCAGAAGAGACAGUCCAAGAAGAAGAAAAAGAGAUUUACAGACAGCUGCUACAGAUGGUCACAGGGAAACAGUUUUCUGUAGCCAAACCCACCACACAUUUUCCUUUACACCUGUCUCGAUGUCUUAGUUCCAGUAAGAGUACUUUGAAAGACCCACUGUUUAAAAAUGGAAACUCUUGUGCAGCUCAGAUCAUUGGCUCUGAUACUUCAUCAUCUGGAUCUGCUAGCAUUUUAACUACCCAGGAACAACUGUCCCACAGUGUGUAUUCCUUAUCGUCUUAUGCCCCAGAUGUUGUGGCAUUUGGAUCCAAAGAUUCUGAUCCUCUCCAUCAACCCCAACAUCACCACUCUCUUCUACAUCAGCCAGAUAACUUACCAGCUUCAAAUACACAAUCAGAAGGAUCAGACUCUGUAAUUUUACUCAAAGUGAAAGAUUCCCAGACUCCAACUCCCAGUCCUACUUUUUUCCAGGCAGAGCUGUGGAUCAAAGAAUUAACUAGUGUUUAUGAUUCUCGAGCACGGGAGAGAUUGCGCCAGAUUGAAGAGCAGAAAGCACUGGCUUUACAGCUUCAAAACCAGAGAUUACAGGAACAGGAACACUCAGUACAUGAUUCAGUAGAACUGCAUCUUCGUGUGCCACUUGAAAAGGAGAUCCCUGUCACGAUCACCCAAGAAACAGAAAAGAAAGGUCAUAAGUUAACUGAUAGUGAAGAUGAAUUUCCUGAAAUCACAGAGGAAAUGGAGAAAGAAAUAAAGAAUGUAUUUCGUAAUGGUAACCAGGAUGAAGUUCUGAGUGAAGCAUUCCGCUUGACCAUUACACGCAAAGAUAUUCAAACUCUAAACCAUCUGAACUGGCUCAAUGAUGAGAUAAUCAAUUUCUACAUGAAUAUGUUGAUGGAGCGAAGUAAAGAGAAGGGAUUGCCAAGUGUGCAUGCAUUUAAUACCUUUUUUUUCACUAAGUUAAAAACGGCUGGUUAUCAGGCAGUGAAACGUUGGACAAAGAAAGUGGAUGUAUUUUCUGUUGACAUUCUUUUGGUGCCCAUUCACCUGGGAGUGCACUGGUGUCUUGCUGUUGUGGACUUUCGAAAGAAGAAUAUUACCUAUUACGACUCUAUGGGUGGGAUAAACAAUGAAGCCUGCAGGAUCCUCCUGCAAUACCUGAAACAAGAAAGCAUUGAUAAGAAAAGGAAAGAGUUUGACACCAAUGGCUGGCAGCUCUUCAGCAAGAAAAGCCAGGAAAUUCCACAGCAGAUGAAUGGAAGUGACUGUGGCAUGUUUGCUUGCAAAUAUGCUGACUGCAUUACCAAAGACAGACCAAUCAACUUCACACAGCAACACAUGCCAUACUUCCGGAAGCGGAUGGUCUGGGAGAUUCUCCACCGAAAGCUUUUGUGAAGACUGUCUCAGUUAGCCGACACUGACCUUGUGGGGGACCAGCUCUUUGUUGUCUACAGCCAGAGACCUUGGAAACAGCUGCUCCCACCCCUCUGUUCUUGUAAAGCCCUUGAUCCUGGACCAGGCCCUGGCGAGAUGCAUUCACAAGCACAUCUGCCUUUCCUUUUGUAUCUCAGAUACUAUUUUUGCAAAGAAACUUUGGUGCUGUGAAAGGGGUGAGGGACAUCCCUAAGCUGAAGAGAGAGACUGCUUUUCACUUCUUCAGUUCUGCCAUCUUGUUUUCAAAGGGCUCCAGCCUCACUCAGUCCCUAAUUCUGGGGCCGAGAGAAGCUUGGACAGACUCUUGGUUUCACAUAAACUCUUGUUGUUAGGCCUUACUAAGAGGUAGGAAAGGGCAUGGGCAAAAAGGUAGGGAUGAAAACCACCAGCAUAUACACUCACACAUACACGCAGGAUUUUCACGAUGUGUUGUCAGGAAAGUGACUGUAAACUGGACUUGGGGUCACACGCUUAAGUCCCUUCUCCAGGACUUCCCUAUUUAUAUGCCUCUUUGUGAGAUCCAUCUGCUUCUGUACAAGGCUGUUUUGUCAUCUGUAGCUUCCUCCCAGCCUGAGGCACAACACAUGAGCCCGGGGGGGGGACCCCAAAGUCCCAGGCAGGCCUUUCCUUAAAGCAGGGGUUUGCAUGUGCUCACAACACAUGACACAGAGAAGACCCACCCAGGGAGCAGUUCAGUGGGGCAACAAAGGCACCACUUUUACUGCCGCCGACUUCUGACCAAGAAGAAGGACCUCAGUCUUUAGCGUAAAAUUCCAGCAUGGGAUGAAUGCAGGUCUAGUUUGGUCUGUGGCUAGUUAGUCUAAAUAGGUUUCUACCCACAGAAAAUUUAAUAUAUAUAUAUAAAUAUAUAUAUAUUUCACAGGGAUAUGUGUUUUUUUAAAAGGCUGAAUGUGUUCACCACUUUAGCCUGUAGAUUUAUUUCCUUUUUCCAACUUUAGCUCUAGCACGCACAGAUCCCAGCCCUUAUGUGUAGGGUGUUUGUGGACUUCCUAACAAUAUUUUGAGGCCUGGAUGAACUUUGGCUUAGGGGUCAAGGUUUCAGAGGGAGGCAAAGAUUUUCAACUGGAAAACGGGUGGAAUUUGGACUGAUCAACUUGAGACUAAAAAAAUGCUAUUCCUUUUGUUCUUUCUAGCAUCUCCCCCGCCCUCUGAGCGCUCCUCAGGCUAGAUAGUGGAACGAUCCAAUGCCAGUGUCAUUUUGUACUUAAGUUCCAAAAUAGGAACGUUUUAUACUUUUUUCUGUAUUGUAAUAGGUAGUUUUGUAUGAAAUAUUUUCUCUUCUUCCCUUGUACCCCAUCCUUUCCAACAUUGUGCUUUCUCUCUGGGCUUAUUUGAAAAUUUUACUCUGUUUUAUACCAAGCUUGUUUAGUACAUUUUUCUAUGUUUUACCACAGGUUACAAUUUGAAAAGAAAACUAUUUUUUUUAAAUAUUCCAUUGUUAACUGAAUGUUACUGUUUCCACUCCAGCAACCAGAUGUCCUACCUUUUUCAUAACUGCCUGCCUUUUUGGGGAAGACCACCAUUCGUUCGUUUGUUCUUUCUUUUCUUUUCUUUCUUUCUUUCUUUCUUUCUUCCUUCCUUCCUUCCUUCCUUUCCUUCCUUUCCUUCCUUUCCUUCCUUUCCUUCCUUUCCUUCCUUUCCUUCCUUUCCUUCCUUUCCUUUCCUUCCUUUCCUUCCUUUCCUUCCUUCCUUCCUUCCUUCCUUCCUUCUUUCCUUUCUUUUCUUUUCUUUCUUUCUUUUUCUUUCUUUUUUCUUUCUUUCUUGUGUUUUUCUAUAGGAAAUAAAUAGCUUUCUAUUUAUGAGUUGCUGAGACCUUUCACAUUCUCUUUUAGAAAGCUACAGUGUGCAGGCUCAUUGUAUGACUCCUGCACAUGGAUUCUUGGUACUUAAUGUAUUUCAGUGACAAAUGGAAAGGUGGCAGUAUGGCAUAGAUUUGGACUAUGAGUCAAAAGACCUGAGUUUUUCAGGUGCUCUUGCUAUUAUCUGGGGGGACUCAGAACAAGAUAGGUGUCUGUAUUUAUUGUUUGUCCAUUUAGAUAACAACAUCUGUCUUACCUUCCUCACAGACUUUUUGUACAGACCAAAGCAACAGAUAUUUAUUGCCAUGUAUAACAGAAAAUGAAACAUGCAACAAAAGCACUUUGAAAAAUAUAUAAGGAAUUGUUGAGCCUGUCUGAACGUGGACCCCCUUUCUGACCAGUGCAUUUAUGUACAAGGCGAAGUUAGUGAUCCUAAGACCACCUUACAUGGGUGGACCAAGCUGAGACAUAGGUUGUAGCCCAGGGUGGCUCAGUGGGAACCAAGUAUAGACAUCUGUAGUGGGCCAUUUUUCCAGAGAACUAGCCAACAAAUUUAGGACUAGCAUCUGGGAACUUAGUUUCUCCUUCAUUUAAGGGUGGGUUUUGAUGACCAGGGAGGGGAGAGGAGGUUCCCGCAUUCCAUGGCCAAGGGCAUGCUACCAUAUAAUAUCUUAGUUAAACUGCUUUAAACUAAAGCCUCUUGCCUGCCUUUUCUCCUGUUUUUCCUUCUUCCCUGUGUUCAGUGCUCAUAAUCACUUACCUCCCCUUAAAAAGUAACACUUGAGGGAUGAUGAACUCUAUCUAGAUACAGAGCCUUCAACAGGAACUACAGUCCCGCCAAUCACUCCUGGACCCUGUAUGGAGAAAAUCAGAACAUUUGAGAAUACAUGGUCCAAGGCAUGGAGGUUAGUUCUGUCCCAUUGGUUGCUGGGGAUCCACUGUUGCUCCUGGGAGUCCUGUUUGGGGUUGGAUGUAAGAGUACUUUUCCCUCUUCCUCAUGGAGACAUUGUGGAAAUUGACUCCUUUAUAUAUGAGGUGCUUCAUACUUCUCUGUGGUAUCAACUCUUCUCUUCUUUAGCUCCUGUAAUUGUGCCAGCACCUUCUACCCACUGCCCCUAGCAAUGUUAGCCCCAAGUUUUAGUGCCCUGGGGCAGAAACACAUGACCUGAAAAAGUACUGCCAGCAGCCCCAUCGCGUAGUCUGUCCAUCACCACCUGGUUUUACGUGGCCUAUAAAAGGCGUAAGGAGAGGGAAGGGAUUCACUUAAGAACCCCAGUGUUUUUAUGUUUCAGCCUCUGGUCCUUCUGUGCCAUCCCUCCAGUUCUCAAAUAUGUCUUCCCAGAGUAAGAGAGAGAGACGACUGACACUUGGACUUUGUCUUCUCCCUUGCUCCGCCUGGAUGGGCCAGGGCGAGGUGCAGUAUAGACCCUUAGGCCCUGUCGUUGACUCAGACAGGCUACAUGCUGAGCUCCUGGGAAAGUCACCAUAUUUCCCUGCCCAGAAGGAACCUACCCAUAGCUUUGAAUUCAUCCUAAAAUGUAAGGCUCAGUCGAGCAUCUUUCCUUAGAACCCGGAGCCUUAUUUCACCUUUGCUGAAUCCUGACCUCUGUUAAGAGGCCAUGACUAUCAUUCCCAGCUUUGGAGGUGAGGAGGGACAUAAGGGUAUAUGGGGUCAUGCUGGUCACCCACUAAGAUAAGGGGGAACUUACACAUGAAUCCCCUGUGGGAUUGAAGACUUUGAGCCAGAAGAUAAACCUUGAAAUAAUAUUAGUACAGACUGCCUCUCUGGGCUGUCAGGGAUAGGGCAAGAAUAAUUCUCACUGUGAGUGAUUGGACUAGAUACCUAGGGUCUUGUCAGAGUCUAAGAUUCUGAAAUGUGGAGGGCCAUAAUCCUGCUUGGAAUAGAAUUCAGUCAAGGUAGUGAUUCAAAAUUCAAGUUUAAGGCCAGUGUUAAUAUGGCUUGGUCUUACAAUUAAGGCCCAGGUCAGAGUCUUACCCUAAUGGGACAGACCAUAGCUGUUGACUUCUCCUUUCUCAGCUGACAAGUAGCCAUCAACUGCUUGACUCCUGGAGAUUGUCCUUCCACUCUGCAGAACAUCAAUGUCCAGAAGGGAAAGUGUUGGAAAGAGAUGUAGAAGGAGCCCAGAGUCUUCAGUCUGCUGGGCACACCUCAUUCAGUUUACUCCUGGUUCGUUCUUAAGUACCUACAGAGCACACACACCCAAAUCUCAUCUCCCUGAAGCCUUCCCUGAUCACAUUAUCUUAAAAUCUCUUAUCUGGACAGCUGUAGCCCUUAUAAUCAGAAAAUGUUACAACUCCAUGUUUGUAAUCUGUCUUUUACAUCAGGAGUGGACUAAGACCUGUAGUCACAGAGAGCAGGUGAAUGAUUUGGUGCUUUUUCUUCAAGCCAGGAGUACAAGCUGCUUCUCUGGCCGGCCAGUGAGGAGUAGGGGUAACUGCAUUAAACGUUGAUUGAGAAGACAGCAUUUCAAGGGUUGGGGAAGGAGGACUGCUUAUGGCCGCCUGCAGUGGGGCUGCACCUCCUUCGUGGUCCCAAACCUAAUGCCCCACUCUGCCCUUAAAUAUCUUCCUUGGCAGUUUAGCAUGCCCUUCCCGGGCCUCGGUCUCUGUCCCAAGGAGCUAAUCAUAGUUUUUUUUUUUUUUUCUAACCACACACCUUUCUAGUCUUCUCCAGCUUUUUCAUGUCCGGUGCUGUUGUAGAUUGAGACUGAGUCCCUUUCUGCCUUGUCAUUUAAAUGGACCAUUUUACGUGCUGCCUGUGUCUUGUCUGUUGGUCAGAGCUAAGUUCCUGGAGGGCAUUUGCCUCAUCUGAUAUUCUGGGGAACCCCUUACACUGGGUGUUUAAUAAGCAUGUGUUUAAGCACUGGCCUUGGGUGGAGUGAAAAAGAUGUUUUGACCAAGGAAAUAAAAGCCACCUGUCCUCAAGGACCUUAGAGUCUAACUAAUUUGGAGGCUAGGCAGACAGCAAGUAAGGGACCUUAUCAAGAAGGCCGACUCCUGGCGCACACUCCAGUUAGAUGCUGGAUGUGUUUGAUGGAGGGACAGAGGUGGAGAUAAGUCAGGGAUGAUGUUGCGGUUUAUCUACCUGUGUGUAACUCUCUCCCUAGUUCUUAAAAGUUGAUUUAUUUAAAAUAAAUUCUGUGGAUUUUG